UCAAUCUUUUAAGUAUAUUCCUAAGCUGUGUACAGCCAAGUGUAUUCCUAAACUGUGUACAGCCAAGUGUAUUCCUAAACUGUGUACAAGCAAGUGUAUUCCUAAACUGUGUACAGCCAAGUGUAUUCCUAAACUGUGUACAGCCAAGUGUAUUCCUAAACUGUGUACAGCCAAGUGUAUUCCUAAACUGUGUACAGCCAAGUGUACUCCUAAACUGUGUACAGCCAAGUGUAUUCCUAAACUGUGUACAUCCAAGUGUAUUCCUAAACUGUGUACAGCCAAGUGUAUUCCUAUACUGUGUACAGUCAAGUGUAUUCCUAAACUGUGUACAGUCAAGUGUAUUCCUAAACUGUGUACAGCCAAGUGUAUUCCUAAACUGUGUACAGUCAAGUGUAUUCCUAAACUGUGUACAGUCAAGUGUAUUCCUAAACUGUGUACAGCCAAGUGUAUUCCUAAACUGUGUACAGCCAAGUGUAUUCCUAAACUGUGUACAGCCAAGUGUAUUCCUAUACUGUCUGACCAGCUGGUGUCGUCGUGUUGUUGUAUUCCUCCUUAAUUGUUGACAUAGUGCACAGGCUUUAACUGUUUCCUACUUUGAGCAUCCAGGAAAUUGUAUUCUGAUUGUCAUGGCAAUUUGUGCUGGCAUUUCACGGACUUGUUGCCUAGUGAUGACAGUGGUAGUACUUGUGAUCUCCGACUCUGAAAUCUUUAGACAGAAACGCGAUAAGCUCGUGGAAGGCCUUGAAGAGCUUUCCAGGCAGAAAAGAGUUAAUGCCGGAACUGAGCUGUUUAGACAGAAAAGAAUUGAUCCCAAUACUGAGCUCUUCAGACAGAAAAGGACAGACACGGAAAGUGGGCCAGAUUUAUCCAGACAGGAACGAUUAGAGGACAAAAGCGAGUUGAAUCUAGCUAGAGAGAAAAGAUCAGACGAUGAGUCGAUUCCACCUAGCAAUAAGAACAAAAGGAACACUGAAAAACGGGCAGGAUUUCUACGAGGUCUAAGCGAUCGAGAAGUCUUCAGACAAAAGAGAGCCGAAAGUGACAAUCUGCUCUUCAGACAAAAGAGAGACGAAAGUGACAAACUACUCUCCAGGCAGAAAAGGGUAGAAUAUUUUGUGCUAGAAGAAGGCGAAGGUUUAUCAAGUCAAAAGUGAAAUUGAUAAAAGAGACUUCUUCUAUGGUUACGCAUACAUGUCAAAGAAAAUAUAGCGUCUAAAGUUCUUCGAUUCAACUCAUCUAUUCAGAAACAUGAAUGUGCUUUGAACAAAAACAUAUUCUGUUAGACAACAGAAUCUAAAAUCAUUAGGCCUACAUUUAGAUAAAAAAUAAGAUAGGUUCUAGUCAUUCUAGAUUAAUAAUCAUUAUAUUUUAUAUUAUAAUGACUCGAGUAGUAGCGAUUAACAUUAAUUAAUAUAUUUGAAAAAAAUUUCCUAUUACUGUACUAAUUUUAUAUAUACGGUAGAUCUAGAUGUUGUAAUGUAAACCAAUUCAAUUCUUAAUUUUUUUUAAACUUUCUUUUCUCUCCCUGUAAAUAUCUUUUUGUCUCUUACUUUAUUGUCAAAUUUUUGGAAAUAAAAGAAAAAUAACCUUAAGCAAAACAUUAUUGAGCCAGUUCCUUAAGUAAUGUCUGUAAUCUACAAGAAAAGAUUAAUAGAAAUAUUAUUUAAAUGUUUUAAAAAGAUAUUAAACACUUUCAUAUAAAACCAGAACAUUUUUUAGAAAUUAGGUUUAGAGCCUAAGGCUAAGCCUAUAUUAUUUUUAUUUAUCAAAAAGUAUUUUUUUCUGGCACUUUGCUAGGUUCUUUAUAUAAACUUUGUUUUUUUGUAUUUGUAUGGUCUGCUUAUAAUGUUGUUUGGUCUUGUUAAGCUUUUACAUUUUUCUAUGUUUUUAUAUCAACUUUAUCAUGUGGGGUUAUUUAAAGCCUAACAUAAAUAUAAUAAAUUAUGACUCUGAAAAACAUUACAAAGCAA